CAUGGAUCGUGUUACUGGAGUCUCCAGCUCGGAGACAUCUGCUGUUCUGAGUGCGUCCCCCUGCGACCGAGCCGGGCUCCCGUGGUGCCCCCCGUCUCUCCCCCCCUGCAGAACCCUGCUCUCCCUCGUUGUUUGCAUGAGGAGCCACGGUGCAUGUAGUCCAAGCAGCAGGCGCGUCCCUUCGUGCGUCCUGCUCCAUCCCUCCCCUCCCGAGCGGCGGCGGAGCAGCGCCCGGUGCCACAUUUCUUUUUGUUCGGGCUGCUUCGCAUCCUCGCGCCUCCUGGGGACGUUAGAGGAGGACAACGAAGGGCGGAUGAACACAACAAAUGUGUGAACGAGCUUGAACCGAGGGGGGGGGUGUCUUCGGUCUGAAUUUUUAUUUGAUCUUUCCACUCUUUUUGCUUGUUGGUUUGUUUUGGACACCAUGGAGUCUGUGGAGAAGGAGUGUGGAGCUCUGGGUGGAUUAUUCCAGGCCAUCGUUAACGACAUGAAGAGCUCAUACCCUGUGUGGGAAGAUUUCAGUGCCAAGGCCACGAAGCUGCACUCGCAACUCAGGACCACGAUUCUGGCAGCUGUGGCCUUUUUAGAUGCCUUUCAGAAGGUGGCGGACAUGGCUACCAACUCUCGAGGUGCCGCCAGAGACAUUGGCUCAGCUCUGACAAGAAUGUGUAUGAGACACCGCAGCAUUGAAGCAAAACUACGCCACUUCACCAAUGCUCUCAUGGAGGGGCUGGUUACACCGCUCCAAGACAGGAUAGAGGAAUGGAAGAAGACAGCCAACCAGCUGGACAAAGAUCAUGCCAAAGAAUACAAGAGGUCCCGUCAGGAAAUCAAAAGAAAGUCACUGGACACAAUAAAACUUCAGAAGAAAGCAAGAAAAGAGCUUCUAGGCCGGGGAAACCUGCGCCCCCAGCUGGACAGUGCCAUGCAGGAUGUCAGCGACUUGUACCUGCUGAUGGAGGAGACGGAGAAGCAGGCGGUGCGAAGAGCGCUUCUGGAGGACAGAGGUCGUUACUGUUCGUUCAUCAGCUUACUUCAGCCGGUUGUGAAUGUAGAAAUUGCCAUGCUCGGAGAGAUAACACAUUUACAGGCCAUAGUUGAUGACCUCACUGUGCUGACCGAAGACCCACAUAAGCUGCCACCUGCCAGUGAGCAGGUAAUUCGGGACCUGAAAGGCUCCGACUACAGCUGGUCCUACCAGACCCCUCCGUCCUCCCCCAGCAGCACUAACUCCAGGAAGAGCAGCAUGUGCAGCCUGCUUCAGAUGCCCUCAGCAGGAGCACAUCGGCUAAGCAGCGUGUCCUCCCACGACUCAGGCUUUGUGUCCCAGGAUGCCAACACCCAUUCGAAGCCUCCGUCACCCAUGCCCUCUGAUAUCACCAGCCAGAAAUCCACAAGCUCAGCCUCCUCUGAGGCUUCAGAAACCUGCCAGUCUGUCAGCGAGUGCAACUCUCCUACAGCGUAUGGCUCAUGCUCAUCCUUCGGUACCUUCCGCCCUGCUUUUUCUCACACUGGCACCAUCAGGCCUCUAUCUGUCAUAGCCCCUGCGUCCCCCACAUUCACCCACUCACCUGGAUCCAACAAUCCUUCACCUACAUCAAAGGUUCCUAGCUGGAAGGACUGGGCCAAAUCACAUUCCUGUGAGGCUCCUAUGAGUAGCACUCUGCAGCGCAGGAGGGAGUCUGUGGAAAAGAUGAGAGAGAGGGAGGCUCCUCCUAGUCCACAGGGAUACUCUGGGAUGCAACCAGGUGAUCCACACAGAGCCAGAAGUGGUCCAGGAGUUAUUACAGCCAAGCAUGGAGAGCCCCUGUCUCCAGCUGCCAGUACUUUGGCUAUGGUCCUGACCAGAGGCUUGAGUAUGGAGCAGCAGAAGAGCAGCAGGGACUCUCUGCAGUACUCCAGCGGCUACAGCACCCAGACCAACACCCCUUCCUGCUCCGAGGACACCAUCCCAUCCCAAGGUUCGGAUUAUGAGUGCUACUCUCUCAACGGGGAUGCUGACAGUGAGGGGCAGGCAGACUUUGACAAGUCUUCUACCAUCCCACGCCACAGUAACAUUGCUCAGAGUUACCGCCGCAUGAUCCAAACCAAAAGACCUGCCAGCACAGCAGGCCUGCCUGCAGGUAAGAGCCUGCAGGGAACGCCGAAUGGUGCUGGGGGAGGCGGCUUCGGAGCCAUUUCCUCUGGGACGGCCACCAUUCGACGGACGCCAUCCUCCAAAACGGGUGUGAGACGCACACCUUCUACAUCUGGCCCCAUUCCCAUUCGACCGCCCAUUGUGCCGGUCAAAACCCCCACAGUCCCAGACUCGCCUGGGUGUGCAAGUCCAUCAAUGCACCGUAAAGGCAGCGAGGAGUUUCUGUAUGGUGACGACCCAUCUGCUAGUGACUACACGAGGGCUUCUCCAAAGAGGAUGAGCCUCCCCGACACAGCAUGGGGCUAUGGAGGAGGAGGAGUGGACAGGACUUCUUACACCCAGCAGGCCCCCGACGUGGCUGCCCACAGUGUCGAGGAGGACCCUCAGCUUGCUGCCAACCGUCACAGCCUGGUGGAGAAGAUAGGGGAGCUGGCAGCCAGCGCACACGCCCUUGGUGAGGGUCACUUUCCUUUCCCCAGCUCAGCAUCAGGGGAUACAGCUCAAAGUGCACCCCAGGAGCUGUCCUCUGCGAACAAGGGGGCCGUGGAUAUGCUGGUGAUCAUUCGCCAAGGGGUGAGGCUGCGCAAGACAGUAACCGAUGACAGAUCAGCUCCCAGGAUUCUUUGGUAAUUGAAAGUGAGAAGAGACUCUGCGGUGCUCCUAUUUACAAAACUGAAACGUUGUAACCAAAUCGAAGAGCAGCCGUGUAAAACAUGGACACAGAGAAGCUGAUGAAUGAAGUCCAGUCGAGAAACAAAUGACUUUAAAGCCCAUCAAGUCAUUGUAUGUCAUUGUAUGUAUUGCGUACAAAGUAAUCCAUAUUUU